UUCACUUAUUCCUCGAUAGACGAUAUACUAGAAAGUUCUAUUAUCUUUUCCUUUUCUCUCUUUCUUUUCCCUUAACGUACGCCGAUUCGCUGAUCUGCGUCAUGAGCUUACUUGACAAGCUCUGGGACGACACCGUUGCCGGUCCCCGGCCAGAUAGUGGCCUCGGGAAACUCCGGAAGUAUUCUACUUUUAGCCCCCGUUCUAAUUCCGGCAAGGAAUCAGAAGUUUCGACACCGAGAUCCUUCAGUGAGGAAGCAAGUAGUGAGGAUGCAGUAAGGGUGACAAGGAGUAUCAUGAUAGUAAAGCCUCCCGGGAGUCAGAACAGAGAUUCACCUCCCGUUUCCCCCGCCGGUACCACUCCUCCGGUAUCUCCUUUUGCCGGUGCGGGAGGAAGAGAAGCAUAUUGGUCCCGUAGGCGAUCAUUUGCAUACGAGAAUGCCAGUGGGGUUGGACCCAGAAGCCCUCGUCCUCUUUACGACCUGUGAAAUAUAGAUCGGGUUUUCUUCUUUGUUACCCCUCUUGAGGCGGCUGAAUGUAGUCGACAUCCUUGACAUUUUCCUGGUUGAGAAUGUGCUGUAUGGUCCUGUGACAGUGUGUGUGUAGUGUGCUUAAUUUUGUAAAUAGUGUUAGUGCUUCUUGAUCUUGCGGAUGUUGUGACGAAGGUUUGGCUCAAGCUGUAAGCAACGAAGUUCGUCAUGUAUACUGCUUCUGCUCUGUAUCAAAGCUUACCUUGUAAUGUUAUCUUGUUUACUCUCUUGUCUUAGAAAUGUUAUUCAUAGGCUUGUGGUAUCGGUAUCGAUA